GAUACAUAAUUUAGAAAAUUUAUAAGUUAAAAUUAUGAUACAUUAUACUUUGUUCAGUAGAUAUUAUUUAAAUAAAAUUCGAAAGUUAACUACAAUAAAUCAUAUAUUAAAAUAUCCUGAUUUUUUCAUUAAAAAUAAAGUUGAGUUAACAGGUUGGAUAAAAUCUGUAAGGGAAGGCAAAAAUUAUAGCUUUGUUGAUCUUCAAGAUAUGUCCACAAAUGAGAAAUUACAAAUUGUUAUAAAUCAUAAACAAUUACCAACACCAUCUUAUCCAUAUGGAACCUUAGUUAAAAUCAUUGGCCAUGUUAUACAAAGUCCAACUAAAGGUCAAUAUGUUGAAAUAUCAUGUAAAGAAAUAGAUAUAAAAAUUAUUAACGUUUCUGACCCAUUAACAUAUCCAAUUAAACACAAUCAAAUUCAUUCUUUAGAAUAUAUUCGACAAUAUCCUCAUCUUCGAUCAGGACAUGAUGGAUUUGCAUCAAUUCUAAAAAUUAGGAAUAUGACUUGUUCUUAUCUAUCAGAUUUUUUUAAUACAAAAAAUUUUCUAAAUGUUCAUACCCCUAUUAUAACUACUAACAAUUGUGAAGGUUCUAAUGAAUCCUUUCAAAUUUAUACCAAUUACAAUAAUUUAUCACCAAAUACUUUUUUUUUCAGAAAUUCAACAUAUUUAACUGUCUCUGCUCAAUUACACCUUGAAUCUAUUGCAGCUAAGUUGGGAAAUGUAUAUACAAUUGGCCCUGUAUUUAGAGCAGAAAAUUCAAAUACUAGGUUUCAUUUAGCUGAAUUUUGGAUGCUUGAAGUAGAAAUGCCCUUUGUUUAUGAUGUGAAUUCAAUAUGCAUUAUUGUUGAAGAAUGUAUCAAAGGCCUAUAUAAUUAUUUAGCAAAUUCACCUGAUUUUGUAAAACAUUUUGAAAUAAUAGCCAAAAAUAACAAUAAAAAUAUUGAUUUUGAGGUUGGUCACAAAAAGAUCCUUUGUAAAGACCCAUUUGUCAAAAUGUUAUAUAGCGAAGCUUCACAAAUUUUAUUGUUAAACAAUGAAAAAUUUAGACCAAAAUUUAUUGAAGGUGAAAAUUUUUCAAAAGAACAUGAAGCAUUUAUUGUUAAAUAUUGUAAUGAUAUGCCAGUUUUCAUAUUAGAUUUUCCUGUUAAAUUAAAACCAUUUUAUAUGAAAAAAAAUGAAAAUAAUAAUGCUGCUUGCUUAGACCUUCUUUUUCCUAUAGUAGGAGAAAUCUGUGGGGGAAGCCUAAGAGAAGACGAUUAUGACAUAUUGCUUAAUACACUUAGAUCAAACAAGACAUUUGAAUCAUUAAAAUGGUAUUUAGAUAUAAGAAAAUAUGGAUUUCCACCAAUGGGUGGAUUUGGAAUUGGCCUUGAGCGAUUACUUAUGCAUAUUUUACAUAUAGAAAAUAUUCGCGAUGUUUCUCCUUUUCCAAGAUGGCAUCAAAACUGCAAAUUAUAAUAUUUUAUUUAUCAAGCUUCAUUGCUUGCGUGUGAUUUGAUUAAAAAAUUAAUAUUUUAUAAAAUAAAAUUCCAAUAA